AAAAUGGCAGCUUCCUUGUCUGAGGAGUUGGCUAGUUUGUUAAAUCCACAGCCAAAUUUUACGGAUCCCGAGGACGAUCAGGAUGAAGCCACUGUUGCUCGAGUUAUUGACAGAUAUGAAGACGAUGGAAAUGAGGAUGAUGUACCAAUGGUUAGCCAGCUCCGCAGAACUUCAGCAUCUUUUGUGGAUACAGACAGACGAUACCUGGGGAAAGCAACAUCUCGAAAGGAUUUAAAGGCAGAAUUUGGAGGAGAGUUAUCUGAUGAAGAUUCUGAUGAAGAUGGAGCAUCUGUGGAUGAGGAACUGGCAAGUGCUAGUGGGUCAGGAGAUAGUGAAGAGGAAAGGGAAUCUGAAAAUGAGGAAGACGAGAGAGAAGACCAUGAGGAAGACCUUGAAAGUGAAUCUCUCAAUGAGGAAGACGAGAGAGAAGACCUUGAGGUUGGAGAUUCUAACCUGAGUGUAGAUGAGGAGAGUGAUCAAGAACCAGAUACAUAUGAGGAUUCACAUAAACAUGACUCAAGCAAUUCGGGAUUACAAGAUGAUGGCGAAGUUUUGACAUUUUCUAAAGAAAAAGUAUCCAAGGACUUUGAAAAGGGCCAAGCUAUUAAAAACCAAAUUGCUAUUUGGGACCAGCUUCUAGAGGGAAGGAUAAAAAUUCAAAAAGCUUUUCUAUUGGCUAAUCAACUCCCACAAGCCAAUGCCUUUGCAAUUUUUAAGAAGGAAGGUGGUUCAGAGUUCUCAAAAGCCCAAAAAAACAAUUAUAAAGCACUGAAAGAGUUAAUGCGAUCCUUAGCAGAACUGCAAGAUGAACUACUAUACCAGUUUCCAGAGACACAGCAUCUAAUUGAUGGAAAGAAAUGCAAACCAGAAAGUGAUGACGAAAUCCCCAGUGAUGAAGAGGAUGGCGUGGAGGACGAUGUAGAAAAAACAAAAAGGGAAAGACCUCCUAAGCGAAAACUGGAAGUGGAUGAAUACCCCGAAUUUAUGGCAAAGCGUUUUGCAGCAUUCAGAACAUAUCGGAAUAAUACAUUACAAAAGUGGCAUGAUAAGACAAAGUUGUCAGGAAAAAUUGGCAAGGGGUUUGGAGCUUUUGAGCGUUCCAUAUUGACUCAAAUUGAGCAGAUUAUGAUGGACAAGGAACGUUUACUCAGGCGUACACAGACAAAGCGUUCCUUUUAUCGGAUUUUGGGAAAGCCUUUGGAUUCUCCAAAUGUGCCAGAGGCUGUUCCUAAUGAAGCAAUGGAUAUUCAACAAGAAGCAAAAUCAAACUCACAUUUAAAAGAUCAAGAUGAAGAACUGUUUGAUGAUGAUGAUUUCUACCACCAGCUGUUGCGAGAAGUGAUUGAGCGCAAAACCAGCUCUCUAGAUCCCAAUGAUCAAGUGGCAAUGGGCAGGCAAUGGUUAGCAAUCCAGAAAUUGAGGAGUAAGAUCAAGAAAAAAGUAGACACCAAAGCAAGCAAAGGACGAAAAAUUAGGUAUCAUGUUCACAGCAAGUUGGUGAGCUUCAUGGCUCCUAUUGACCACAGCACAAUGAAUGAUGAUGCCCGAACUGAACUUUAUCAGUCAUUAUUUGGAAAGAGCAAGUGUCCAGAUGAAGAAAAGCAAAUCUAGCAGAUGCGGAAGUUAGAAAAAUAUUCCAAACCCAGCCUUGUUCCUACAAAUUGCUACACGGCUUGGAAGAAUGACACUGUCAAACCACCAAACUGGAUGUUUCUAUGAUUGUUACCAUCAAGAGAUAUUUGAUUAUGCCUCAUCAUGCAUAUUUACUGUGUUUCCCAAGACUAUUGCAGUUUAUAUGCUAUUUUUGCAAUAUACUGUUUUUAUCCCUCUUUGCAACUUCCUGGCAAUAAAUUCUGGUACUAUUUUGGUUUUAUAUA